AUGAAGUUUUAGCAAAAAAACAAAAUAGCAAAAAAGCAAAAAAGCAAAAAGAAAAAACUAAGAAAUUAAAUAAAGUCGAAACUAAGAUGCCAUUUAUUUUUUUUGGAAAACUAAGAUGCCAUUGCAGUGAGGACAAAAAUGGUAAAUGACAUAUAAUUUGAUUUCCUUGCCAACUUCGACCACCCUCCAAGAUUACAUCCACCUCUCCACUUCCUACUUUUUCCUUUUCUCUCGUUUUUUUUCCAUUUUUUCUUCUUCUUCCUCUUCCGGUAAAAUACUUUUCUUCGUUUCCUCUUCUCAUUAAUCUCUCUCUUAAGCUGUCUCUUUCACCUCUGCUCUCUCUGUUUCUCUGAAAUGGCUGAAAAACCCACUUCAGGUGAUUCUAAAGAUCUGCCUUCGAAUUCAAAUGGAGUGUUACAGGGGAAUAGUUCAGUAGUUGUUUGCUUUGGGGAAAUGUUGGUUGACUUUGUGCCAACAGUUGGUGGAGUUACGCUUGCGGAAGCCCCUGCCUUCAAAAAAGCACCAGGCGGUGCUCCUGCUAAUGUGGCUGUUUGUAUAGCAAGACUCGGAGGUUCUUCAGCUUUUAUUGGGAAGGUAGGCGAGGAUGAUUUUGGGUAUAUGUUGGCUGACAUUUUGAAACAAAACAAAGUCAACAGUUCUGGCAUACGUUUUGACCCCAGUGCAAGGACUGCGCUGGCAUUUGUUACACUCAGAGCAGAUGGCGAGCGUGAAUUUAUGUUUUUCCGUAAUCCUAGUGCUGAUAUGCUUCUUCGUGAAGCAGAACUUGAUCUAGACCUGAUUAAGCAGGCAAGGAUUUUCCACUAUGGUUCCAUUAGCUUGAUUGAAGAACCAUGUAGGUCAACACAUCUGGCUGCAAUGGCCAUUGCCAAAAAGUCCGGUGUCAUCCUCUCUUAUGAUCCAAAUUUGAGAUUGCCACUAUGGCCAUCAGCUGAUGCAGCUCGGAGUGGCAUAAUGAGCAUAUGGGACCAAGCAGAUAUUAUUAAGAUUAGUGAAGAAGAAAUAUCAUUCUUGACCGGAGGUGAUGAUCCUUAUGAUGAUAAUGUGGUAUUAAAGAAACUUUUUCAUCCCAACCUUAAGCUUUUGCUAGUAACUGAAGGGUCUGAGGGUUGCAGAUAUUACACCAAGCAAUUUAAAGGUAGAGUUCCUGGUGUUAAAGUUAGAGCUGUUGAUACAACUGGGGCAGGUGAUGCAUUUGUGGGUGGAAUACUGAAGAGUUUAGCUUCUGACAUAAAUCUUUAUCAGGAUGAGAAGCAGUUAAGAGAAGCUCUUCUUUUUGCAAAUGCUUGUGGCGCGCUCACUGUAACAGAGAAAGGAGCAAUACCAGCUCUACCGACGAAAGAGGCAGUCUUUCAAGUCUUAACAGAAGUAACUGCAUGAAGGGAAAAAAUGUCACAACUCUCUCUCUCUCUCUGUGCGCCCGCGCACAUGUGUCAGGCUAAUGUAAUCUGGAUUCCCUUGCGUGGGGUAAUAAUGAGCUGUUUGCUACUUUGUAAUUUUCUACGCGGUAUAUGACUCUCCAUUUCAUUAUUGACAAACAUAUUCUCCAAGCCCCCAUUCUUCAUGGCUUAUGAGAAUUAGUUGUAGUUGCACAUAGAAAAAAUGUAUUGGUUUUUAGAUAGAAA